CCCCAUCUCCAUUUCAAAAUUUCUCUGAACUUUUCCCGGGAAUUCGUUUGUUGUCCCAUUUCCUUCCAUGAAGCGGAAGCGUAAGAUAGCGAGGAACUGGCUUGAACUGCCUGCAGAAGUCAUGUCCACGAUUAUGCUGAAGCUAGGCGCCAUUGAAAUCCUCACCAGCGCCCAAUUCGUUUGCUCUUCGUGGAACAAGAUCUGCAAGGACCCUUCCAUGUGGCGCGUCAUCGAUAUGCACAAUCUGGGUGAUUUACAUGACAUGGAAUACAAUUUGGAGAUCAUGUGUAUGCACGCUGUUUUCCGUACUCGUGGCCAAUUGGACGACAUCAACAUCGAGUACUUUGGCACCGAUGACUUGCUCCGUUACAUCACUCGGAGCACCAAUCAACUUAGAAGACUCCGGAUUGCAGUUUGCUAUGACAUCUCAGAUAAGGGAUUGACCAAAGCAGUUUUGAAACUUCCAUUGUUGGAGCAUCUUGAAAUAUUUCUCUGUUCAUUUUCUGCUAAAACUUUGAAAAUGGUUGGACAGUGUUGCCCCCUUCUGAAAACAUUGAAACUGAACAACCAGUUUUGCAAGGGAUGAGGGAUGGUAAGCGACAAGGACGCGCUCGCUAUCGCCGAAAAUAUGCCUAGGUUACAUUACCUUCAGAUAUUUGGCAAUGGCCUAACGGACAGUGGCUUGCAGGCCAUUCUUGAUGGCUGCCCUGAUUUAGAAUCUCUCGACUUACGCCAGUGUUUCAACUUGAAAUUGGCGGGGCAGCUGGGGAAAAAAUGUGCUGAAAGGAUCAAAACUUUGGGCUUGCCUCAUGAUCCCACUGAUGGCUAUGAAUUUACGACCGAAAUUAUUGAUCUUGAUUGUUAUGGUUCUCACGAUAAUGACAGUGACUAGUAAGCGGUUAUUCUGAAUAUGACUAACCAUAUUUUUUGUUUUACGUCGAUAGGUGAGUUGUUAUCAUUCUUUUGGAUUGAAGCUCUGCUCUUCAAGUUUGACCUCAAGCUCUGCUCUUCAAGUUUGACCUCAAGCUCUGCUCUUCAAGUUUGACCUCCUUUUGUUGGGUUGUUUUUUCAAUGUCCUGUUGUCAAAGUUCGGUUUUUACUUGGGCUGAACUUCAUGAGAAGCUGUGUCUCCAUCUGAGGAACCAUAUUUUUUUCUCUUUUUGAAUUCAUAUAUUGGUUUGACGUCGGUUUUGGCCAAAUACAUAAA